CUGUGCCAUGGAGCUGGUGCGCGUGCUGCUGCUGCUGCUGCUGACGGCGUGCGUGUGCGUGGCCUCGGGGCUGUGUGCGUGCCCGUGGGGGUCAUGCGGCGCGUGGGCAGGUGUAGUAGCUGCCGCAGCUUUGAUGUUCAGCGCUCUCUGGACACGAGCGUGGAGGGAAGAGGAGACGCUGCCCUGCACCGGGAGAGCCGUUCUCAUCACAGGCUGUGACUCUGGCUUCGGUCACGCCUUGGCUCUGCGCCUCAGUGGGCUCGGACUGCAGGUUUUCGCUGGAGUCUUGGACAGUGAAGGCACUGGAGCAAAGAAGCUGAAAGAACAGGACCCUGAACGCAUCACAAUUUUACAGAUGGACGUGACUAAUGCUGAACACAUCGCACAGGUUAAAGAGGCCAUAAAGAAACAGCUGGGAGAGAAAGGCCUGUGGGGGCUGGUAAAUAACGCUGGGCUCCUCUUGUGCCCUGUUGAUGCAGAGCUGCAGUCCACUUCCACUGUCCGGCGCAUUAUGGAGGUGAACUUCCUGUCUGCUGUUACCGUGACACAGGCAUUCCUCCCUCUGAUCAGAAGAGCCAAAGGGCGGGUGGUCAGUGUGUCCAGUCUGGCAGGAGCGGUUCCCUUGCCACGUUUCUCGGCCUACUCCUCAUCUAAAGCGGCUCUCAGCUCCUUCUGCAGAGUCCUCAGACUGGAGAUGAUUCAAUGGGGAGUCCACGUGGCCCUCAUCCAGCCCUCAGGGUUUAAAACAAAGAUCUUUGGCAGCAGUGAGGACUUGUCCAGGUACAGACAGGAGCUCCUCUCCCACACACCCCCUGAGGUCCUACAGGACUAUGGUCAGGACUACAUUUCCAAUCUACCCUCCUCACUGGACACCAUGUCCCAGAAUGCAAUGCAGGAUGUGUCCCCGGUUCUGGAUUGUAUUGGGCACGCUCUGCUCUCCACACGUCCCAGAGAGCUGUACUGUCCUGGGAACGCCGCCUGGCUCCUCCCAUUCCUCUACACGCACCUGCCGACCACUGUCUUUGACAGGAUCAUAUUGAAGUUUAACAGUGACACCUGUCACCCCAGCGCCCUCCAGAACUGACACCUGCCACUACACCUGAUACCUGCCACUACACCUGUCACCCCUGUGCCCUGCAGAACUGACAUUAGUCACUAUGCCUGUCAUCCCACUACACCUGUGAAACUGACACCUGUCACCUCAACGUCCUGCAAGACUGAACUGCACUUACAACUGAACUACACCUGCCCCCCCAAAACUGAACUACACCUGUCACUACACCUGUUGCCCCUGUAUAACUGAACAGAAAAAUUCACAUCUUUGUUGACUGUCCCAUUCUGGACUCUGAUGAUCUCUGGGUGCUGUCCCAGCUCUUCUCCUGCUCCGUGCAGUACAAACUUGUCCAAAAGUCUGUAGUACAUCUGUAUUUUGUAUUUGAAGAGCAGAGGAGCUCCUGCCCUGGACAAACAGCUGACAGACCCACACUCAGCAAUAGGGCCUGAGAAGAAUCAGCUUCAGGUGGGCCUGAGCAGAACAAACAGAUCAUACAUCUGUACUCUACCGGUCAAACGUUUGGACACACCCUCUCAUUCAAUGUUUUUUCCUUUAUGUUUACUACUGUCUACAUUUUAUAUGUAAACGGAAGACAUAUAUGAAGCCAGCUAUAGGGAAUUACGAAACAAAGAAAAAAAGUGAAAUAACUCAGCUAAAUAU